AUGGCAUGUGCCAGUCCAUGUCCAGAUUCACUGCAAGGUGCCGCUGGAAGCACCUUCGCAAACUUGCUGACUCACCUCCUUGCUGCUCAGUGCUUGAUAAAAGAACCCUGGCCUAAGGAUCACUUGGACAGAGUAGCUGAUGGCGAUUCUUUCGACUUCAUUAUCGUCGGUUCUGGAACAGCUGGAUCUAUAAUUGCGAACAGAUUAACAGAAAUCGAUCAUUGGAAGGUCCUACUCAUAGAAGCAGGUGGUGAUCCACCUAUAGAAUCUAUUAUUCCAAAUUUUUCUGGAGCAACUCAUAAUAGUGUUCACGCUUGGCAGUAUUACACAGAAUUGGAUGAAAGUACAAAUAGAGCAUCAGUAAACGGGACGUCUUUUUGGCCACGUGGUAGAAUGUUAGGCGGCACUGGCUCUAUCAACGGUCUUCUUCAUAUGAAAGGAAGCUCUGGUGAUUAUGAACCCUGGCACCUUCAACCAAACGAUGGCUGGGAUUGGGACACCAUACAAACAUACUUCAAGAAAAGUGAAAAAAUGAUCGACCCGUUCAUACUCAACGAUCCUGAAUUAAGUAAAAAUCAUGGAACGAAGGGAGAUUUCAUUAUAGAUCAGUUGAAUUUCACGCACACUGAAAUCGUCGAUAAACUUACGGCUGCUUAUCAAGAAAUGGGAUUAAAAUAUCUAGAAGAUUUAAAUGGACCAACUCAAAUGGGAUAUGGUAAAAUCCGUGGCAGUAACUACAAGGGCAGACGAGUAAGCACUGCAACAAGCUUCCUUAAUAGUGCUAGAGAUCGCUCAAAUUUAUACAUACUUAAAAAUGCCUUUGUCGAGCAAAUAAUUUUCGAAGAUAUGAAAGCUAUAGGGAUAAAGGUUUCACUUCACAAUGAUCUGAAGGCAACAUACUAUGUAACAAAAGAAGUAAUAGUUAGCGCAGGAUCUGUAAAUACACCGGUGUUACUGAUGUUGUCUGGUAUUGGGCCUAAAUUCCAUUUGGAAGAGUUACAAAUCAAAGUUCUACAAGAUUUACCAGUGGGAGAAAAUCUUCAAGAUCACGUCCGUAUUCCCAUACCAGUAACAUUAAACAGUGGAGCUAAACAAAAAGAUGGUUCAUACUGGUAUAAGGCCGCUGCUCAAUAUUUAUUGGACCAGACCGGGCCGCACGCUACAAAUUAUGACCAGCCAAACAUUAAUGCUUUCCUAUCAGUACCAGAUGGCAAACGGUUACCAGACGUUCAAAUUGAUCAUAAUUAUUUUGUUCCCAAUACAAGUUAUGUUUAUCCAAUGUGCAGAAACAUUAUGUCGUUUAAUGAUGAAAUAUGCAAACAGUUUUCAAAAAUGAACGCGGAAAGCGAAAUGAUCAUAUUUUUUGUGGCACUCUGUAGGCCUCAUUCCAAAGGAAAAAUAUUGCUUCGAUCGAAGAUACCUACAGAUCACCCGAAGAUUUAUUCAAAAUAUUUCAGCGACCCCAGAGACAUGACUACGUUCGUCAAAAGCUUGAAACGAGUAACAGAUAUUGUACAAACUGUUUCGCUUAAAGCGGUAAAAGCGGAAUUGCAAAGAAUAUUUUACGAAGAUUGCGAUGAAUUUGAAUUUAAAAGUGAUGAGUACUGGGAAUGCAUGGCAAGAACUGUGACGUAUAACGUGUAUCAUCCAGUAGGGACAGCUAAAAUGGGAGCCAAGGAAGAUAAAAGCACUGUAGUUGAUAGUAAAUUGAGAGUUUUAGGUGUUAGCGGAUUGCGAGUAGUCGAUGCAAGUGUAAUGCCAACAAUUCCUAGUGUUAAUACAAACGCAGCUACUAUGAUGAUUGCUGAGAGGGCUUCUGAUUUCAUUAAAGAGGAUUAUGUAGUGUCUUUUAGUAAGGAUGAACUAUGAAAUCUUGUGAAGUUAUGAAUA